GGUGUUCAUAGAGAAAGACGCCAUAGGUAGCAAAGGGAGUUAGGGAAAGGGGGAAAGAAAAUGGUGUGCAUAAGGAAGGCGACGGUGAAGGACCUUCUGGCGAUGCAGGCGUGCAACCUCUUCUGCCUCCCUGAGAACUACCAGAUGAAGUAUUACUUCUAUCAUAUCCUCUCAUGGCCUCAGCUUCUCUACGUCGCCGAAGACUACAACGGUCGCAUCGUUGGCUACGUCCUCGCCAAGAUGGAGGAGGAAACCACCGACUGCCACGGCCACAUCACCUCCCUUGCCGUCCUCCGCACCCACCGCAAACUCGGUCUCGCCACCAAACUCAUGACCGCCGCACAGAACGCCAUGGAACAGGUGUUUGGUGCCGAGUACGUGUCCCUGCACGUGCGCAAGAGCAACCGCGCNUAA